AUGAAGAAGCGGGAUAUCCCAUUUUCAAACAGGAAAGACACUCGCAGUUUCUCUCCCCGUCGCACAUCCUGGAACGCAGCAGUUCGGAACUUGCAGAAGACGCCCAAGCAGAAGCUGCCCGCUCCGGCGGCUGCUCAGCGCCUCCCGGCCUCCCGCCGUGCGGUCAGUGCGCUAAGGGGCGCGGGGACGGCGCAGCCCCGAAGCGCGGCGGAGCGCCCGGCAGCGUCCCGCCGAGCCGCUGCAUCGUCUGCACGCGUAGAUCAGCCGCUGCCCCGCGCCAUGCCCGGGCCGCCACGCUUCAGGCAUUCCCGGCCGAGGGCUGCAGAGCGGUUCCGUGCAAGCGAGGCCGAGCGCGAGCCCGCCCCGCCCGUCCCGUCCCACCCCGUCCCGUCGGCAGCGGGGGCUCCUCAGCCACCCCAGUCCCCACUCGGUCCCGGCUGCCACGCGCACCCGCCUCGGCUGCGGGGAGAGCGCGGCUGGGCGCGGCCGUACCUUGCUGAACACCUCCAGGUCGUCCUCAUCGUCGUCGAACGCCAACACCUCGGCGGAGGCGACUACGUUAUGUGUGAGUUUGAUAGGAGUCACCAUGGUGAGGAAAGGAAUAAUGGAUUUUCAGCUUUAUUACAGCAUGUUAAAGGGAAACAAGAAGAUGAACAGACCGGGCCUGGCUGUGCAGCGAUCACUCUUCUGAGGAGCCUGUGUGAAGAGAUGCUGGUCUGGGGAAAAGCAGAAGAUAUUUGCUUUAUAUCUGAAGUAUUAUUCAAGUUCACUCCAGAAGACAAGAGAACUGUUGGUACAUGAUUUAUAUAAAGCUCUAAGACCUGGUGCUGAAGGAAACUUCUCUCAGAAGUGUGCGUUUAUUGUUUGAUACCUUUGGUGAUAUGUGAUGCUUCAUCUACCAUCUCUGUAAGUGUGGUCUCACUUUCACUGUUAUUGAAACGUGUAUCAAGUGAAAUGAAAACAGAAAUUUGGGAAAGGAUAUAAUUAACCUACCUGUGAACAUUAACCUUAAAUAUUGUGCUAAUUACCUCAAUAAUUUAAUCACUGCAGAUCUCAAACUCGUUUGUUAAAUAUUCAAUUCUGCAAAUUGUUUCUGAUACAGAGGUGUGGGUAGCUUUCUGUGAAUGUAACCUUCUAUAUAAAACUCCUUACAAAACCAUUGUAUAUUUGCACUUCAGCAAAAAAAUCCACCGUCAACAAGAC